GAAUAACCUAAUCCGGGUUGCCAUAGUUGGUAUGGUCCAAUGUCCUUUGCCUUGCAAGUGUGAAGCCAAAGGCAGCGCAUCGGUAAAACAAGAACACAAGACAUCAUGGUGAACUUUGUAUCACUUGCAAGGGAGCAUUGGGUGAACAUAUUGGUGCCCAUGGGCUUUGUGAUUGGAUGGUACAUGGAUAAACAACAGGACCAGAAGCUGACAGCUUUCAGAAACAGAAGUGCUCUGUACGGCAGGGAACUGAAGCCUGGAGAGGAGUAUACCUGGAAGUAGACAACCAGCCCGUCUCUGGUCAUGCUGCUGUUGAGCACCAUCUAUCGUUUGAUUGUGGGGUAGCCUUCAGAAUGGAUUAUUUAAAAUAUCUAUACCAUGUUCUUUUGAGUUGCAUCAACCAAUAAUAAACAUGGACAUUUCUGUGAAAAUGGUCAAUCAUUUUUAUUU